CUGAUUCUCUUCCGGGUCAAUCUUGUGUAUGGAUCGUUGGGUCAAGUUAGUCGUGUGAUAAAAUACAUAUAUAAACUAUCUACCCAUAUUUGGUUCAUCGUACUGAUUCUGAAAGCUUCUCAAUCUGUGAUGUAAUUCACUGUAUGACAGUUUGUUCCUUUUUUUAUGCGAGAUACUGGUAUUUUGGUGGACGCAUCGUCUAGCAGUGUGUGGAAGCCGUUGCGCGCGGGUUUCUUGUUUUUCAAGGAGACAAUGUCACGUCCGCGUUCGAGAUCUCCUAUAUAUUCAAGAAUCCCAACCCUUCAUGGGAGGAGAGCGGAAGGAUUAUAUGGUGACCAGAUACAUUCAUCGGUGCAAUCUGAUGUGUGGAGAAACCCUGAAUAUGUCAACAAGGUAGAAAGUAACACACACUGGAACAAAGAUUCCUAUCAAGGAGAGCAACAUGUCGACCAUUGGGCCAAAUUUAUUGAUGCGAUAGAGCAUGCUCAAAAAAGAGGGCCUUCGCCUAUGACCAGAUACCACAUGCAGGGUGAUGAAGAAAGACAGCCCCAUUCUCCAAGAAGACUGCCCAGGGAGAGGUUACCUUCCCCUGAAAAUGCACGUUUUGGUGUUGAAGAGCAUUACAGGAUGCCGUCGCCAGGCUGGAACAGGAAUGAAGGCGUUGAAAAGGAGCUCAAUUCACAGCACAAUCACAGAGAAUCGAGGGACAGGUCUUAUCCAAGAUAUCAAGAAGGAAGAAGACCUAUGGAUUAUGGAUAUCAUAAUGAAGAACGUGGCGAUCAGUAUCAUGAAAGAGGCUCCUUUCCAGAGAGGUCAUCAAAGUCAGAUUAUAGGGAGCACCACCCUUCUUCUAAAGGAUUUUCAGAUUUGGGUCUUCAAGAUGAGUUCGUUGAGCAUCACAGGGGCUUCAGCCCACGUCGUGCACCUGUCAUUGUGGAGCACGAUCAUGGAAUCGUAAAACAAGAUUCGAGGAAUCACGAUCCUCUGAAAACUAGUGGCUAUUCGAGGAACAGAGAUCCACCUAGGCCAAGUGAAACCCAGAGGAACCGGGAACCUCAUCGAGAUAGAAGAGACCAAGGUCAUCAUACACGUACCUUACAAGAUAGACACCCCGGACGACCAAAUAAUAACCCCCGAGAGGAGUCAAGGAAGAACUACUCUUCUUACGGAGGAGAGAGUCAAGCGAGAGAGCGACCAAGACACAUGGAGCAAUCUAGAAUGGAGCAAUCUAGAAUGGAGUCACAUUCGAGAGACUCAGACAGACGGCGGGAAAUGAAUUCGAGGGAUGUGAGUGAUAUUGAUUUGAGGAACAGAGAAAGAGGCUCUGUCCACGAAUGGGAGGAAGAGAGACCACAAAGGAAUCAUGUGAAGAUGACGGGACAAGAGGAGGUUCGCCAAAGAGCUCCGUAUAAUAGGAAUCGAAACACUAAUGUCGGUCCUGCGCCUAGAAUGGAUUUCAGUGAACAGGAGACCCUCAAGAUCAAAGUGGACAUGAGUCGCCCCGUCGGGCAAAGCAGUCAUUUAGGAUAUUCUUCAGAUAGGCAGUUAUCACUGGACUUAGUCAAUGUGGGUCGACAGCGCCUUGAUUUCCUGCCCAUGCUGGAGCAUUCUGGGACUUAUAGGGAAUCAGCGGUGCAUUCUGGUACAUUUGCCCAAGAGAUCAUCACCCUUGUGCAUCAAGUUAAAGAAAGUUACUUUAGGGGCCAAGGCAUCACACUUAAUCAACGAUUUGCAAAUGAACAGUAUUAUUCACUCCAGGAUGAGUUUAAAGAAGAAGAAGAGGAGGAGGAGGAGGAGGAGUUGGGAAGUGUGAGACCAGUCAUGAAUAGGCAGCUCGGAAUGCCUUCAUCAAAAACUCAGAUCUUCUGCAAGAUAGGGGCGGACCCACUUCAGAGAAGACAGCUUGUCCCUGACCCUAGUGACCUUAGAUAUGAUCUGGAGCGAAGACGACAACAGCGAUUGGAGGGUGUGAAGAUCACCAUUGCUGGAGGAAACUUGGCUCAAAUGGCUCAUGAUGGUCAUGAGAUUGAGCCUCCCUACAUGAGUGACGAUCCAGAGGAGGCGGAUGAGCACUUUAGGUGGUCUGAACAAGAACGUGAGCGCCAAAGGCAGUGGGAUGGUCCGCGUCAAAGAAUGCCAGAACCUAGCAGACAAAACUUCAAUCCAAGGGGGAAUUCCAAUCGCAUUAGCAGACCACGUGGACGGAGGACUUGAAAUAGUGGUGAGGAAACUGUGGCAGUGCGUGAGGAGAAAGUCAGCAUUUUAAAUCUGAGGUCACUUGCGCACAACACGUUUUGUUGUUUCUGUUUUGAUAUUAGAACCACUAAGACCUUGAUUCAUUUCUUAAGCUUCAGAUAACUUUAUGUACACGCCACUGAUGCUACACUAUUGGUGGAUUUCUUUCAUCCAUUUUUGAUUCACUCACUACCAUUUUGAGACAAGCUGUUGAUUUAAAGAAAAACAUUGUUUUGAGAAUUGUAAAGAAUAAAUAGGAGUUGAGGUGAUAAAAGAUUACAUGUCACCUUGGCGGUGUUACCCUGCUGUCAUCCUGAAACAUUACUAUUCUUCAUUGUCAGUGGAGAAACUAGAGUUUAGUUUUUGAUUUAUGAUAUUCCAUCAUUUACAAGGCACAAAUGUCAAUUAAUUCAAUACAAUACAUACAGAUACAAUCCCAAAUUUCAUUAGUUCACAAAUACAGACAUUUUUGUUGUACCACCUUCAUGUAUGAUAUAAAAUAAUUUCAUAUUCACUGUAUUCUGCUGUGUAAACUCAAAGUAGAAGUUCUUCUGUAAAUAAAAUCUUUUUGUGCCAAAAUGUUUUUAAA